AUGGCACAAAAGCCCAGCAUAUGCACAAUGUCCCUAGGACGCUGCUUCGCCGGCCACUCCCUCCCACACAAGCUCGACAUGGCGCAAAAAUACGGUUUCCAGGGCAUCGAAGUCUUUUACGAGGACCUCGUAGACUUUUCAAAGUCCUUUCCCGGCGGCGGCUCCCCCGAGGACCAGAUCGCAGCCGCCCGUGCCAUCCACCAGCUCUGCGCCGCCCGGAACCUGACCAUCAUCUGCCUCCAGCCGUUCAUGCACUUUGGCGGCCUCGUCGACCGGGACCAGCAUAGCAAGAGGAUUGACGAAUUGCAGCUUUGGUUUGAGCUGGUCCAUGCUUUGGGGACCGACUUGAUCUUAUUUCCGAGCAGUUUCCUUUCUGAGGAUGAGGUUACGGAUGAUAUGGACUUGAUCGUAGCGGAUUUUGUCGAGGCGGCAGAGAUGGGAUUGCAGCAGGAGCCAGUUGUCAACUUUGCAUACGAAUCACUAUGCUGGGGUACAAGAACCGAUACUUGGGAAUCGAGCUGGGAUCUUGUUCAACGUGUAGACCGACCCAACUUUGGCGUAUGCCUCGACAGCUACAACAUCCUCGGGAGAAUCUACGCCGAUCCCGCGUCACCAACCGGAAGAACAUCCGACUGCGAACAAGCGACAGUCGACUCGAUCAAGCGAAUCCUUUCCGACAUUGACAUCACAAAAGUAUUCCUCGUCCAAGUCGCAGACGGCGAACGUCUCGCUGCUCCUCUAGACACAUCCCACCCCUUCUACAACCCCGAGCAACCCGCCCGGAUGAGCUGGUCCCGAAACGCGCGCCUCUUUUAUGGUGAACCCCAAUACGGCGGCUACCUCCCUUGCAAGCAACUCCUCAGAGCAGUCAUCCAAGGCCUUGGCUUUGAAGGGUGGCUGAGCUUUGAGGUGUUCAACAGGAGACUCGCAGAGCCGGAUGCGGCGGUGCCGGAGGAGAUGGCGAGGAGGGCGGCAGAGUCGUGGGUAAAGAUGAAGGUGGAGCUUGGGUUACGGACGGAGGAUGAGAUGCAGCCGAGAUUACAGGCCAUGCUAUAA